CGUGUUGAGAAAAACCCAGUUUUUCAAAGAGCAAAGAGAAAUCAGUCCAGUCAUCUCUUUAAGAAGCUUUGUGUUGAAAACCAACCAACAAGUGGUUUAACUACAGAGUCUGUCAGCAGACGUUCAUCUGUGGAGAAUAGCUGCCGUCGGAAAGAAACGCUGAAAUUUAUCAGCUCCUCGUUCAACGACAGCAAAUCAGGUGAGUUGAGUUCUGCACACUUUAGAAGAUUUUCCUCUUCUGAAGAGUGAGCCGAAAACGAACCUUUAUUUACUUUCUAAACCAAUCAGGUGGAAGCGCCAACAUGUGGACCAGAUCUAAAGCAGAGAAUAGCAGGAAAGUUACAUUUGGUCUGGUAACAGCAAAGACUCCUGGAAAUCAGUCUUCUGCUGAGCUUGUCAAAGACCCUGACCAGCAGCAAAGCGCUCCAAGCGUUCCCGUCAGACGCUCUUGGAGUGAAGUUUGUGCUUCAAAGCCUGCGGUGACCCCCCCGCAGCCUGCCUCGGCCCCUGAUCAGAGGCCAGCGUCUCCCCCAAAGCCUGGAGACGCAAGAAAACAUCCAAUUUUAAAGCUUCUUCAAAGGGAGACAGCCGUUGAAGAAAACACCAGAGCUGUUGUCAUGAUGUCAGAGGUGGAGUUUCAUGCCGCCUUAGGCUCCAAAGACCAGAAGAUCUCAGCUCUUCAACAAGAAAACGCUGCAUUAUCAGAAAACUUGAAGAGUCUCGCCUCUGAGCUUCGUAAAAUGGAGGAAGUGCACCAACAUGCCGCUGAGAAGGCUAGGCAGCUUGAGUCUGAGCUAACUACCGAAAGGAAAAAGGUCCAGGAAGCUGAGAUCUCCUUUAGACAAUUAGCUCCAGGAGUUAAAGCUGCACCGGUCCACCAACAUGAGGACGACCGGGAGAAAAAGGCUUUAAGAGACGAAGUGAUGAGGUUGACUCAGAUUGUAGAAAAGCAGCAAACUGAGCAUGAAGACGACGUUGCUGUUCUGUAUGAUGAGCGGAUUAAGACAAACAAAGACCGUCGAGAUGCCAUCAGAAGGGCCGAUCAGCUGAAAGUAUCUCUGAUCGCAGAAAAGAACAAAACAAGAGAGAUUGAGAUCUGUUCGGCCAAGCAGAUGGAGGAAAUCUCUAAAUUACAAGCUGCUCUGGUCAAAGUGGAGAGCAAUUUGGAGGAAGAAAGACGGCAGAGGAAGCAGGAAAAACUCUGUCUUCUGACCAAUAACCAAGAAACAUCUGAGGUGGAACAGCUGAAAUAUCAGCUGCAGGAGCAGACAGUUAAGCAUGAAGAUCAGGUUGCUGCUCUGUAUAACGAGCUGAUCAGGAAGAACAAGGAGAGUCCAGAUGCCAUCAAAAGGGCCGAACAGUUGAAGGAAGACCUGACUGAAGAGAAAAACAGAGCAAAAGAGGCCGAGGACUGCUUAGCCCAGCAAAAAGAGGAGACAUCUAACCUCCAGGCUGCUCUGGUCCUCAUGGAGAGAACUUUGGAGGACCAGCGGCGGCAGUGGGAGCAGGAAAAAUCCCAUCUUCUGACCAAAGAACAAGAAAGAGAUGAGCUGGAGCAGCUGGUGAAGCAGUUAGAGUCACAGAAAGCUGAGGCAGAACAGGAGAUAGCUGCUCUGCGUUUGGAGCAGCAGAAAAACAACCAAAGUCAUCAAGAUGCUGCAAGAAAAGUCGUUCAACUGGAAAUUGCUCUGGUUGCUGAGAAGAUCAGAACAAAGGAGGCUGAGAGCUGCUUGGCUGAGCAAGUGAAGGAAAGCUGUGAUAUAAAGGCUGCUUUGGUCAAAACGGAGCAAGACGUGGAGAAGCAAAGACGGCUCUGGGCCCAGGAAAAGUCCAGUCUUCUGACAGAGCAGCAGAAAGCUGUCAGAAAUGUGGAAGCAGCCAGGAAAGACGUUCUGGAGGUUCUGCAUGAUGAAAGGCAGGAGUGGCAAACAGAGAAGUCCUGCCUUCUAGAGAUGGUUGCAACAACAAAGGAGCUUCUGACAGAGGCGGAGGUGAAGAGAAAAACUUCAACACUGAACCUAAUAGAGAAACUGAAAAACCUGCAAAAGGAGAUGGACAAACUACAAGAAAGCAAACCCAAAAAGAAAUCUUUCAGGAGAAAAAUCACCAAGUUCUUUAAAAUGUCUAAAAAGGCUCCAUCUCAGUCUGAAAACUGAUCACUGCUGAACCUCAUGAAAGCUCCUCCUACCAAACCAUCAACCUGACUAAAAUACUUUCUAGACCCCAACCUUAACUUUUAAUCCUUUACCUUAACCCCCUUUUGAAAAUGUCAACCAUUGCAAAAUGUCCAGCAUUCCUCGGCACAAAAGUUUCUUGUAAAUUAAAAAGUUGUGGCUCCCUACCAGGGUAACUAGUUUUCCCCUGGUGAGUGGAGUGGGGCUGCACGGUGGAGCAGUUGUUAGCACUGCUGCCUCGCAGCAACAGAUCUGGCUGCAUGGAGUUUGGACGUUCUCCCCGUGCAUGCGUGGGUUCUCUCCGGGUUCUCCGACUUCCUCCCACAGUCCAUAAAAUGUGCCUUUUAGGUUCAUUGGUCUCUGUAAAUUGAUCACAGGAAGUGACCAUGUGCCUGCAUGGUUGUUUAUCCCCUGUCUGUGUCGCCCUAUGGUUGACUGGAGACCUAUCCAAGUUAUUCCCCACUCCAUCUAAAACUUUCUUUGGCUUUUUCAUUUAUUCCAAAAAAAGUGAAAAUGUAGUUUAGUUUAGUUUAGUUUAU